GAGUGGCAACAUUUGGGCCCGGUGGCGACGUUGUGGGAAGAAAUGCGUUUUGCAGAACAAACAUUUUCGCUUUUUGUAAGGACAAUAACAAAUUGAACAUUUAAACAACAAAAUAAACUAUAUAGUUCAUUAAAGACUGAAUAAGUUCACUCGGUCAUUUCAGUGACGCGUUCAUUUGAACUUUUUCAGAACGAAACAACCCAACUCCAUUUGCAGCUCGAAAUUUCUGCCGAACGAAGCUAAUUAAUAUUUUUGGCUCCAAAUAAAUUCAACAAACUACAAAAGAAUGUCUCUUGAACAGCUGAAAGCGGAUGCCGCCGAGUUCACAGCGUUAUUGGAGCAGGCAAAAAGUGGGCGUGUUAAGGGCGUUCUAACCCAGGCCAAAGCAGAAGUGGAACGUGAAUUGGCCAAUUUAGAGAUCAAAGCACGUCUUGCUGCCGAACGUCAAGCAGCGGGCACUGUUGGCAUUUCCAAAAGAUAUCUGCACGAGCUAACUGACUAUGGCUGGGAUCAAAGUGCCAAAUUUGUUAAACUAUUUAUAACAUUAAAUGGCGUACAAAAUUGCUCAGAGGAGGCUGUCACCGUCGAUUACACGGAAAACUCGAUGCAGCUCCACGUGCGCGAUCUCAAUGGCAAAGAUUAUGGGCUGAUGGUUAACAAUCUGCUCUUUGCUAUCGAUGUUGAGAAGAGUUAUCGUAAGCUGAAAACCGACAUGGUUGCCAUAUACUUGAAGAAGGCGGAGGAGGGUCAAAACUGGGAUGUCCUCACGUCAAUACAGAAGCGUUUAAAGCAAAAGCAGGACAGCGAAAUGGCAAAAGAUAAUGCCAAUCCCGAGGAGGCUCUAGUUAAUAUUAUGAAGAAAAUGUACAACAGUGGCGAUUCAAAGACGAAACAGGUCAUUGCCAAGGCCUGGACCGAGAGUCAGGAGAAAGCACGUUUUGGCCCAGAGGUUGGCGGUCUCGGCAAUCUUGGCGAUUUAUAAGCUAAACUGAUGUGAUAGAUUGUCUGAAUGUAUAGGACGAAAUGAAUAAUACAUAUUUGCAUAUGUAAUGUGUUCAUUUUUUCGAUGCUCGCACGAAAUUCCAUAUGCUUAAAAUAAAAUUUGCAGAUUAA